CUCUCUCUCUCUCUCUCUCUCUCUCUCUCUUCCUGAUCGCUCUUCUUGCAAAUCAUUUUUUCUAUAAUCUUUUGUUGAAUUCCUCAAAAUUUUGGCAGAAGAUGAAGUCAGCAGUAUGGAUGGUUUUGUUCAUGUCAGCGGUAUUCAGUUCAUUUCAGAAAAUCAAUUCUCAAUUAGUCGUUAACCUUACGGUUAUCCAUAAUGCUACCUCUUUAGGAGCAGUUUGUUUGGAUGGAAGCCCGCCAGGAUAUCACCUCCAUAGAGGAUUUGGCUCUGGCGCUCAAAACUGGAUUUUACAGAUGGAGGGAGGAGCAUGGUGUAAUGAUGAGCUCUCAUGUUAUCUUAGAUCAAAGACUGCGUAUGGGUCCUCUCUAUAUAUGGGCAGCUGGAAUUUCUCUGGCAUUCUCAGCAAUGAUCCCAACAUGAACCCUGACUUUUACAACUGGAAUCGUGUAUUUCUUCGGUAUUGUGAUGGUGCUUCGUUUGCUGGCAAUUCGGAGUACAGAAACGGGACAAAGAGGCUCUACUUUAGAGGGCUCAGGAUAUGGGAUGCCAUCGUUCAUGACCUUUUCCCUGAAGGGCUACAACAUGCAGAAAAGGCACUUCUUUCUGGAUGUUCAGCUGGAGGGCUAGCUACUUUUCUCCACUGUGACAAUUUUUCUCAGCUUUUUCCUGAGACAACCAUUGUAAAAUGCAUGAGCGAUGCAGGGUUUUUCCUUGAUGUGAAGGACAAAUCUGGCUAUAACAAUAUAAGGCACUUUUUCCGCAGUCUUGUUAAAUUUCAGGGAGUAGAACAAUCUCUGAGUGAAAAAUGUGUAAAUUCUCACCAUGAUCCCUACCUGUGUUUCUUUCCGCAACAUGCAUUAAAACAUAUAAGAAUACCGUAUUUUGUAUUGAACUCAGCAUAUGAUGUGACCCAGGUUGAUAAUAUAUUUGUUCCCCUUUCUUCUGAUCCGUGUGGGCACUGGAAAAAUUGCAAGUUAAACUACACAAUGUGUACUCCGAAUGAGAUCAAUAUCCUGCAAGGAUAUAGGUCACAAAUGCUGAAAGCUCUUAGAUCAACUAAGUUCUUGGAAAAUGGUGGUGGAAUGUUCAUAAACUCUUGCUUUUCCCAUUGCCAGAGUGAAGAACAGUAUAGCUGGUUUGCACCAUUAUCCCCAAAAGUGCACAAUAAGACUAUCGCAGUGGCCGUCGGAGAUUGGUACUUUGGGAGGGAAGUCAGUGUGGAAGUAGAUUGCCCAUAUCCUUGUAACCCUACUUGUCUUAAACCCAACUCUCUAAUUCAGAUUGUUGACCUACAAGGACGAGCGCAGAAUUUAAACGUAACCGAGAAGAAUCCCCACAAGAAAAAUUCAUGCUCGCACUAACGUGAAUCUGGUAGCCAUGAUUCUUCGAAGGAAGAAGAUGACUAGAAUUUCUAGGAGUUUCGGAAAUUAUAUAUCAUCCAGUUUAUAAGAAAUAACCAUGGACCUUUUUUUUUUGUUAUUGUUGUUAUUAUUUGAAUGUAUUUAAGUUGCGUAAAGAUUCUAAACUUUUUAUGUACAUACAUUUUUUGUCGUAA